UCAGACGUGCCGCCGACGUCAUCGCCGCGCGCCGAGCCCGAGUCCCAGGCGUGCCGCUGGCCAUGUCGCUAUUCUACGUCGCGCGGUACCAGGGCCCCGAGGCGGCAACUGCGGGGGGACCGGAGGGCGCGGAGGCCGGAGCCCACGGCCGGGCCCGCGCGCUGCUCGAGCGGCUGCAGAGCCGGGCCCGCGAACGGCAGCAGCAGCGGGAGCCCGCGCCGCCCGAGGCGGCUGCACCCACCGAGCCGGCGACCAGGAGGCGACGACGGCCCCGGCGUCGGCGGCGGGUGAACGGCGCAGAGUCGGGCAGCCCGGAGGCGCGGCAGGGAAAGCGACGGAAGGCGGACGGCGAGGACGCGGGCGCAGAAAGCAGCGAGGAUGCGCCGGGGGAGCCCAGCUCAGGGAGCAGCGAGGAGGCGCCGGGGGAGCGCAGCGCCAGCGCCGAGGCGGCCCCGGACGGACGGGCCCUGGAGGAGGCGGCCGGACCCCUGGUCCCCGGCCUGGUGCUGGGGGGGUUCGGGAGGAGGAAGGCGCAGAAGGUCCAGCCUUUCCUGCCAAGGUGGCUGGCUGAGCCCAGCUGUGUCAGAAAGAACGUCAACGAAGACCUGGUUCCUAUCGAGGACAUCCCUGAGGUCCACCCUGACCUGCAGAAGCAGCUGCGGGCACAUGGCAUCUCGUCCUACUUUCCAGUCCAGGCAGCUGUGAUUCCCGCCCUCCUGGAGAGCGCGGCCUGUGGGUUUCUGGUGGGCAGAGGCGGCUACCGGCCUAGCGACCUCUGUGUUUCUGCUCCGACAGGCAGUGGGAAGACACUGGCCUUCGUCAUCCCUGUGGUGCAGGCCCUGCUGUCAAGAGUGGUCUGCCAUAUCCGUGCCCUGGUCGUGCUGCCCACCAAGGAGCUGGCCCAGCAGGUGAGCAAAGUUUUCAACAUCUACACAGAUGCCACACCUCUGAGAGUCUGCCUGAUUACGGGACAGAAGUCUCUGGCCAAGGAGCAGGAGAGCCUCGUCCAGAAAACCGCUGAUGGGUACCGCUGCUUGGCUGACAUCGUGGUAGCCACCCCCGGCCGCCUGGUGGACCACAUCGACCAGACCCCAGGAUUCAACCUCCAGCAGCUCCGCUUCCUGGUCAUCGACGAGGCUGACCGGAUGAUUGACAGCAUGCAUCAGUCCUGGCUGCCACGGGUGGUGGCGGCUGCCUUCCACAGUGAGGACCCCGCGGACCCCUGUGCCUUGCUCCAGCGAAGACAGGCCCAGGCUGUGACAGCCGCCAGUACCUGCUGUCCCCAGAUGCCCCUGCAGAAGCUGCUCUUCUCGGCUACUCUGACCCAGAACCCCGAAAAGCUGCAGCAGCUGGGCCUCCAUCAGCCCCGGCUUUUCUCCACAGGGCUGGCACACAGGGGCCUGGAAGAUACAGAUGGGGACGGGGACUCGGGGAAGUACGCCUUCCCUGCUGGGCUCAGGCACCACUACGUGCCCUGCAGCCUCAGCUCUAAGCCGCUGGUUGUCCUGCACCUGGUCCUGGAGAUGGGCUUCUCGAGGGUUCUCUGCUUCACUAACUCCCGAGAGAACUCCCACAGGCUCUUCUUGCUGGUGCGGGCUUUUGGGGGUGUGGACGUGGCUGAGUUCUCCUCGCGCUAUGGGCCUGGCCAGAGGAGGAGGAUCCUGAAGCAGUUUGAACAGGGGAAGAUCCAGCUGCUCAUCAGCACGGAUGCCACCGCCCGAGGCAUCGAUGUGCAGGGUGUGGAGCUGGUGGUGAACUAUGACGCCCCCCAGUACCUGAGAACCUACGUGCACCGGGUUGGGAGGACGGCCCGUGCUGGGAAAACUGGACAGGCCUUCACGCUGCUCCUGAAAGUGCAGGAGAGGAGAUUCCUCCAGAUGCUGACUGAAGCUGGGGCGCCUGAGUUGCAGCGGCACGAGCUCUCCAGCAAGCUGCUGCAGCCCCUGGUUCCUCGGUACGAGGAGGCCCUGUCCCAGCUGGAGGAGUCCAUCAAGGAAGAGCGCAAGCAGAAGGCGGCCUAGGCCGGGGCUCGGAGGGCCGGAGGGACUGCACGCUCACCACCCUGACCCUCCUUCCAGAGCUGAUCACUGAUGCUGUGUAAGGAAAGGAGUCCCCCAGUGGACACAGCCUUCCUCUCCGAGCACGUGGUCUUUGCACCAGGCGGCCUGGGCGUCAAAGCUCAAGCACAUGCCCCAACUGGAGACUUUAGGGCCUGUCACUUUCAUGGCGUGAAGGUCAGGACGGCCGCUGGCAAUGAAGCUUCAGUAAAGCUAUGAAGAG